AUGCUGCUGCCGCUGCUGCUUCACGCCUUCACCUGCGUCUGCGUCCUCUCAGCGGCCGUCUCCACGGAGACGGUGGUGGGGGUGGCCGGGCAGGCGGCGACGCUGCCGUGUCGCUCGGAGGCGGUGGAGCAGCCGGGGGUGGAGGUGUGCUGGGGGACGGGGGAGCCCUCGCUGUUCGGCUGCCACAACACCGUCAUGUACAGCGCCGGAAGCAGAGUCACGUACCGGAAGUCACACAGGUUCUCGGUGUCCUCUUCCUCCUCUCUGUCCAUUUCGGACCUGCGGCAGUCGGACUCAGGUUUCUAUCACUGCAGAGUUCAGCUUCCGGGACUCUUCAACGACGAGACGUCGUCCGUCCACCUCAUCAUCGUCCUUCCCCGGCCCAGCCCCUCGGCCUCCGAGACUCCACAGCUCUCAGACGGGAAGGACCAGCGUUCCCUGAACGCACCACAGACCACGGCAGCUCAGGAGCAGUCAGGAGCCGUCACCGGGCAGCCAGACAGUUCAGCCACAGAGCCCGCGGUCGCGCCGGUCCUGUCGUCCAUCCAGAAGCAGCAGAAUGAAAACACUCUCCAGAUGUUCGUUGGUAACACAGUCAGACUGUCCUUCAUCGUCUUCGUCCCUGCGGUGCUGCUCACUGCUGCAUACAGAGUUUGGAGGUUGAAUCCCCGAUGGGAGAGGAACCCAAAGCACAGCCAGUCGGUGGAAGAGGAGGAAGAGGAGGAAGAGGAGGACAGCACGCUGUGAUUUCUGCUCUUUUUUCUGACUCUAUCAUCCACGUUUGUCACGGUGAAGCCAAACUGAUUUGCUCCGGGCUCUCUGGCCACGAGAGGACGAGGGUGACGAGUCAUUUGUUUGUAAAUCAUAGUAAACCUGAAAAUGACAACAUUGAGGGUUUUUUUUUUUUUUUUUUUUAAUUAAUCCUUGUUCUGUCUCUAUUCCUCCAUUCUUGUUUAUAUUCUGGUGUCCCACAAGGCUUUGUAUGAGAUCCUCUGGCAUUGUGAUGGCACUUUAUAUGCAGAUGAAACUGUUUUUUGUACUUUUCUGAAGCUUAUCAACUUAAACCCAGAGAAAGAUCUACAGAUAAAAAAGUCAUCAACUGAUGCUUGAUCCUUGCUUGUUGAUUGUUGUUAUUUUUGUAAUUAAAGUGCCAACAAUUUGAAUUCCUGUCCAUUGAGCCCAGACUGAUAAAAAUGAUCUUUUCACAGUUUUUUUUAGACUUUAAUGUUUAAGAUUAUGUUUCCCUCAGAUUUUUAUUCUUCUUAAUACAUUUUUUCCUUUUCUGCGAUUUAUUGUUGUGCUGUAUUUAUUGUU